AUGGAGCCCAAGUCUCUCAUUCCUUUACACCCCUUGACAGAUACAGUGGCCAUUCUGGCCGUCCUCAUGGUACUCCCGAGCUGGAUCAGUGUUGCCGUGCUGACUUUGUAUGCGACGCUGAACUCGUCGCGGUUUGUCAGGUCGACGCUAUCGCUCGUGUACCGCCACAAGCUCAGCGGCCUCGACCACAACGCAGAGUAUUCGGCAUCGUCGAGUCUCGGGCGAGGGUCGUAUCUGCUGGGGUUUUUGAGCAUCGAUGUGGGCCUCACGCUGGCGCUGCUGUUUGUUGCCCCGGGGCUGCUUGACUACAUGCAUCUGCUGGCCAAGGCGUUUGUGGCCUCGAAUCUGGCAUCUACAAAGCAAAAAUACAUCUUCAACGCAUUUCUCUCGAUGCUGGUCGUUCUGCUGAUCGAGAACCUCGCCACAUUUCUGGUGAAAAACGUGUAUCUUGUCUAUCUCGACGGAUCCGCCGUUACAGACGCGUUUCUCUACUCGGCCUACGUUCGAUAUCCCAAGACUUCCCUCAAACACCUGCUCUACACCUGGUCGCCUCUCAAGAGCCGUGUGCGACAGAUGCUCAUUUUCCGCGUCGACCACCUCGUCGACUUUGUCUACGCGACGCUCUCCAUCUACACUAUCAUGUGCAACAUCAACCCGUGGGUUCGGAAACUGGCUGCCAGGCCGCAGGACUCGGGCGUGGGUGGCAAGCUGUCCAGCAAACCGGUAACAAAGCCGUACGCCAGCGAGCUCACCGCAGAAACAAAAAACAUCACCGUUUCGCCGCACAUUGCAGAUAGCACGAUUCCCGGGCUUGUGCGCCCAUGCUCCUCGUCGUCCGAGGAGACUGCUGACUCACACCAGUCUGCCGACUCGGCGCCUGCCUCGUUCCCGCCCGACCACCAGAUCCUCAACAUGAACGACGUGUCGUCGGCCAGCCUGGUGGUGGCGCAGAAUUUCGAGAACUACUGCCGGCUAUUUUUGUUCCCGUCUCUGAAUUACUCCAAUUCAGCCACGCAGUCUCCCCAGACGGCUAGUCUUGCCGCCAACAGCUCCAAAGCCAAGCUGACGCCAUACGUGGAGAAACGCAUCAAGAGCAUGACGGGCCGCGUGCAGCAGCCGAUCUGGGCGUUCGUUUCGGCCGCGAAAACCAUGUUUGGCCGGCCGGACCUUUACUCGGGCGAAUACUACCAGCAGAACGCGCUCGUCACCACCAACAGGGACCCAGACGGCUGGACGCGGUCGCUGGCCGAUUCGGCUCAAUGCUUCAUCUGGUAUACAGGCGAAACAGCCGUGGCGUUCGAGCUGCGUAACGUGUACAUAGACCAGCUGCUGGUGAUGGUGAAUGGCAUCAUCUGGGAGCAGACGGCGCUGAUCGGGCUGGAAGAGCGCGAGCUAGUGAUUGUGAGCGGCCUGAGCCCGCUGUCGCAGUACGACGUGGAGUUUGUGAACGUGAACGGCAAGGACGAGCGAGAGCUUCUGGCGGUUGCCACGGUGAGCACUAUCCACAAGCACCGCAUUCUGACCGAGUCCAAGCACUCCUCGCCCCUCGCCACGCUGCAGGAGUCUGUGGUGACAACGCAGGCGGCGAUCGAGCGCGAGAAAAUGAAGCUCAAGAAGCUCAAGACCGACUGGCGCAAGCGGUCGGCGGCGCUCAAAGCCGAGAUCGAGUCGCUCAACAGCCGGCCAACUUUCACGGACGAGACGCGCAACUACAAGAAGGUCGAGUCUUUGCGUCAGGCAGUGGCCAAGAGCGAGCGUGAAAUCAGCAAGCUGUCCAAGGAGGCCGAGUAUUUGUACACGCAGCAGUCGGAGGUUGACGAGCGGUAUCUGGACACGAAACGGGCGUAUGACUCGGAGAUGCGGCUGUUGCAGGCGUUCGAGAACGCUCAUUUCGAGAAGCUCGAGACCGAAAAGGCGCGGAUCGCGGCACUCGAGGCAGAACGGGCCCCGCUGGUGCAGAAAAAGGAGAAACUCAUGCAGAAAAAAGAACGCAUUGCCAACGACGUCAAACGACUUGAGCUCGAGAUCGAGCAGCUCAAAACUGCAGAGGUGCGGCUGCGCCAGGAACACAGAAGCAUCCGCGCUGGCCAACGGGCAGAAAAGCACCGCGUGAUCAUGAACGAGAUCAGUAGAUUCGAAAAACAGCUCCAGCAUUAGCUACGACUAGUCUGUAGACACAUGAAUUUAUUAAUGCUCCAAUUUCCCUCCCACCGCAUGGAACCGUCGGUUGAAGUAGAGUAGCCCGCCCGUGACAUCGGCGUCGACUUCCCGCUGCACAAUCUCCCGCACUCGACACGUCCAUAGCUCAUGAUUAUAUACACAAAACACCUGGUGCUUUUCACAGAUCAAGAUCCGCUCAGCGAGCGAAAGAACAGGUAUUUUCAGAGAUUCUGUCGUGAAGUACGACCACUCGUCCUUUUUGAGCUCCUCGAACGGCUUCGUCACACAGUUCCCCUGCGUUCCUCUCGAAAACGCCCUGGCCAGCCGCACAGACUCCUUGACUGGAGGCAGGAUGUGCAGCGCCAGGAACCCGGACUCGUGCAGCGUUUGUGACGUCCUGGACGGCACCUGCAAGUUGAACUGGACCAUGGGUUCAGGACUGACGGUGAGCGAGCUCACCGAGGAAAGUGUCAUUCCGUGCAAAUCGGACACCGACGCCGAUAAAGCUGGUGCUGUCAGGAUCAUGGCUGGCGACCCGAAUGAAGACAUUGCUUGC